UUCAACUUGUUUUUGUUAUAAAUCAAGAUAAAUGUAAUUAAUAGAAAUAUUUACUAAACUAAACAGAAAUCGAUUUUAAACGUUUAUCUUUUUAUUUACAGUUCGCAUUAACCAUAAUUAUAACAAAUAGUGACUUUAAAAGUACUUUGUGGUGACUUCAAAGAACUUCUAAACGGUGACUCUAUUCAGUGUUAAUUCACAAUAAGUAGCGUUAGAAGUGUAUUUUUUACUAUCAGACAAUGUUGUGAGAUUUAUAAAUCUGUGUCAGAGUGUCUUCAUGUCCAUUGUCCGAAUAGGGGUUUAUAUUUUGUAUUGACAAAUUUUUGACGAAGCUAUUGAAUAUGGCGGAAACUCUUGACCCCCUAUCGCCCAGCACAAACUCUUACAGAUCACCAGGAUUUAUGAACAAACUAAGAAUGAGAUUCAGCAGAAAUGUUCCAUCUGGUAGACCAAUGGGGGAAGGAUAUGUGGAGUUCGGUGAGUUCCGGACAGAGCGGCCGGCAAUCAAGAAGGUCGGCACUUUCGCCGGUGUUUUCUGUCCGGUCGUGCUUUCUAUGUUCAGCGCCCUCAUUUUCAUUCGGAUGGGUUACUUAGUGGGAAACGCGGGUCUGCUCGUGACGUUGGCGCAGUUCGCACUUGCCUAUUUAAUAGUGCUGUUUACCGUCACGUCAAUAUGCGCCAUAUCCACUAACGGCGCCGUGGAGGGAGGAGGAGUGUAUUUCAUGAUAAGCAGGACACUAGGUCCAGAGUUCGGAGGCGCUAUCGGCACGUUAUUUUUCUUCGCCAAUGUGGUGUCCAGCGCCCUCUGCAUAUCAGCGUGCACUGAGGCACUGGUGGAGAACUUUGGAACUAAUGGGUAUCUGGUGAAAUCGAGCCCUGGUAUACCAGAUGGUUGGUGGUACAGGUUCCUGUAUCGCUCUAUACUGAACACGGUUGGGCUCGGUGUGUCGCUCGCUGGCGCUUCGCUAUUCGCACGCACCAGCCUGGCCAUAUGGGUCACCAUGUUGGUCUGUCUGUCUAGUGCAUUCAUCAGUUUCUUCGUCACACCUCCGGCUGAGAUAGAGAAACCCGACACAAACCAAUUAGUAAACGCAACAAAUUUCACCUACACGGGACUUAGCUCAAAGACGUUCUACGAGAACCUAUAUCCAGAGUAUGGUAGGGAUUACACGACCACCAACGGUGAUAUGGUAGACUUUGCGUCUGUAUUCGGGGUGCUGUUCACGGGGGUUACUGGGGUAAUGGCGGGCGCGAAUAUGAGUGGUGAACUGAAGAGUCCAUCUCGCAGCAUUCCGCUGGGCACGCUGACGGCGCUGGUCUUCACGGGCGUCUCGUACGCAGCGCUGGCGGCACUGUCCGCGGCCACGUGCUCACGGGCCCUGCUGCAGAACAACUACGUGUACCUGCUGCCUCUGAACGUGUGGCCACCCUUCAUAGCCGUCGGGAUGCUGAUGGCCACAUUCUCGGCUGGACUCUCCAAUUUAAUAGGAGCAUCUAGAGUUUUGGAAGCGCUCGCGAAAGAUAAUAUUUUCGGUUUCCUCCUGCGUCCGAUGGUGUCGCGGUCCGGCAACCCCGUGCUGGCUGUGAUUGCGUCGUGGCUUCUAGUACAAGUGGGCAUUAUGGCCGGAUCCCUCAACGCUAUAGCGCAGGUGAAUUCUGUGCUAUUCAUGACAAGUUACUUUGCAAUAAAUCUCGCUUGUUUGGGAUUGGAUCUAGCGUCUGCGCCUAACUUCAGGCCGACGUUCAAGCAGUUCUCGUGGGCGACGUCGCUGGCGGGGCUGGCGGGGUGCGCGGCGCUGGUGUUCGCACUGCGACCGCUGUAUGCAGCCGGCGCCGCGCUGGCCUGCAGCUCGCUGGUGGUGGCGCUGCACCUGCUGUCACCCGCCGCCGCCGACCCCAAGUGGGGCAGCCUCAGCCAGGCCCUCAUCUUCCACCAAGUCAGAAAAUAUCUGCUACUCCUGGAUCCACGUCGUGAACACGUCAAGUUCUGGAGGCCGCAGAUGCUGCUCCUCAUAGCUUCCCCCAGGCAGUCAGCGCCGCUUAUUGAUUUCGUGAAUGACCAGAAAAAGGGCGGUUUGUUCGUGUUGGGCCACGUGCGAGUGGGACAAUUGGACGGUAGCGGUGACCCACUCGCGGCUGAGCACAAGUACUGGCUGAAACUCAUCGACCAUCUCAAGGUGAAGGCGUUCGUAGAGUUGUGCCUGGCGGCGUCCGUGCGGGACGGCGCGGCGCAGCUGGCGCGGCUCUCAGGACUCGGGGCCAUGAAGCCCGACACGCUGCUGCUGGGCUUCAGGGACGCGCACCCGUCGCACGACUUCUUCAGAGAUCCGGCGUCGCCGUACAAGACGGACCAGUUCGAGCUGGAGUCGGGCGAGAGCGUGUUCCCGACGCGUGCGGACGCGCGCGACCAGCUGCCGCCGCACGAGUACGUGCGCAUCGUGUCCGACGUGCUCUGCGUCGGGAAGAACGUCUGCCUCUGCCGGAACUUCUACCGCCUGGAUAUGGCCGCCGUCGAACGGCGGUCGCCGUCGCUGCAGUACAUCGACGUGUGGCUGGCGGAGCUGCUGCGGCCGCAGCCCGAGGACGCGUUCAGCGUGCGCGCGCUGUUCGCGCUGCAGCUGGCCGCCGUGGUGCGGUCGGCGCGCGGCUGGCAGCACCUGCGGCUGCGGGUCAUGGUGGCCGCGCCCCCCCGCCACCACCACCACCACCACCACCACCACUCGCCGCCCACCGUCAUACAAGAAGCAGGUAGAUCGGUGACUGUGGGUUCCACUUCUGAGGGCAAUGCCCCCCUCAUGUCUGAAGCCCGACCACUUCAGGAGCGGUUGGAUGAACUUCUCAAGUCCCUCAGAAUCAACGCCACUGCGCACAUUGUCACUGAGUGGCCAUCCCUGGACAACGCCACCAAAUGGUCCAGUGAGCUGCACUCCGAUGAUAACGCUAUAUUCCAACGGGUGCCCUUAAGUUAUUUACAGACCGUGAACAACAUAAUAAGGGGUCGGUGUGGUGAAGGCACGGCGGUGACAUUCGUGCAAUUGCCCGAGCCACCGUCACCUACAGACGAGCCGAUAUGCGAACAGUAUUUAAAGAUUUUAGAUGACUUUACCAAAGAUCUGUCGCCUACCAUCCUAGUCCGAGGACUCAAGUCAGUAACUUCCACGGCGCUAUAAAAC